GAAAGAAGAAGAAGAAGAAGAAGCAGCAGACGGCGACGGAAGCAAUCCGUUCACCGACGACGGGCAAUGGAGAUCACGACGAUGCCGCAGGCCAUGCAACUCCACGCGCAGAUCCUCAAGUCCCCCGCCGCCGCCGGCCCCGACCUCAACCUCUCCAAGCUCUUCACCUUCUCGGCCCUCUCCCCGCGCGGCGACCUCCGCUACGCCCGCCUCAUCCUCGACUCCCUCGCCGCCCCGAACUCCUACUUCUUCAACACCAUGAUCCGCGCCUACUCCCAGAGCCCCGAUCCCGGCCACCCUCCCCGCGCCCUCUCCCUCUUCCUCUCCAUGCUCCACCACCCGGCCCGCCCCGCCCCCGGACCCGACAAGUUCACCUACCCUUUCGUGUUCAAGUGCUGCGCCCGCUCGAGGUCGACCCGAAUGGGAAAGCAAGUGCACGGGUUGGCUGUCAAGUCGGGUCUCGCUUCGGAUCGGUAUAUAGAGCACGCCCUGAUCCAUAUGUACUAUGCUUGCGGGCGGUCGGGUUGGGCGUGUAAGGUGUUCGAUAGAAUGUCGCAGAGAGAUGUGGUCUCGUGGACUUGCAUGAUCGAUGGGAUGGUUGAUGACGAUUGUCCUGUGGAGGCGAUCAGGUUGUUUGAGAGGAUGAGGGAGGAAGGAGUCGGGGUUAAUGAUGCGACGGUGGUCUCGGUAUUGAGAGCGUGUGCCGACACCGGGGCAUUGGGAAUGGGGAAGAAGGUACAUGAGAUUGCCAAGGAGAUAGAGAUUGAUUCGAAGGCUAAUGUCAGCACCGGACUCAUCGAUAUGUACACAAAGUGCGGGGAUUUGAACAGUGCGAGGCAAGUUUUUGAUGACAUUGCGGAAAAGGAUGCUUUUGCUUGUACAGCAAUGAUAGCUGGGCUGGCCAGUCAUGGAAAGUGCAUGGAUGCUAUUGAUUUAUUCCGCGAGAUGAGGAAAAUGGGCAUAAAACCAGAUGAAAGGAUGAUGACUGCAGUUUUAUCGGCAUGUCGAAAUGAGGGGUUGGGUAAUGAAGGUCUGCGGUACUUCAAGAACAUGAGAAGGAAAUAUGGCGUAAGACCGACGAUUCAUCACUAUGGGUGUAUAGUGGACAUACUUGCUAGAGCAGGGCAAUUGGACGAAGCUGAAGAGUUCAUACGAAAGAUGCCUAUUGAAGCGGAUGCAGUUAUGUGGAGAAAUUUGAUUUGGGCUUGUAAUGUACACGGGGACAUGGAAAGAGGUGAACGCUUAAUGAAGAAUCUCCAGCUCUUGGAGUCGAAUGCUGAUGAUUGUGGGAGCUAUGUACUCAUCGGCAACGUCUAUGCAUCAGCCGGAAAAUGGCACGAUAAGGCGAAGGUUAGGGAAUUGAUGGAUAAGAAGGGACUCAGGAAACCACCAGGAUCCAGUAGGAUUGAGAUCGAUGGGUUAAUUCAUGAAUUCGUGGCGGGAGAUUCAAGUCAUCCAGAAGCAGAGAAGAUAUACGAGAAAUUGGAUGAGAUUGAAGAGAAAUUGCUUGAAGAAAAGCAUAGUCCUAAACUUUCACAGGUACUGCUUGAAAUAGACGAUGAGGUUAAAGCAUUUCAAUUGCGCCACCACAGCGAAAAGCUUGCCGUUGCAUUCGGGUUGAUUAAGACCAAUCCGGGGUCUGAAAUACGGAUAGUGAAGAACUUGAGGUCUUGCGAGGACUGCCAUGCGGUGAUGAAAUUACUGUCCAAGAUAUACCAGAGGGAGAUAAUAAUGAGGGAUCGCAUACGCUUCCACUAUUUCAGGCACGGGGAAUGCUCUUGCGGUGACUGCUGGUAAUGCUGGAUUGCUCCAGUUACUUGGGAAGCGGAAAGAAUCGAAGAACCCAUCUUGAGUACUCGUGUCUACUGACAAGAGAUGGAGGAGACCCGGAAACUUUUGCAGCCGAGAAUGUGGACAGGUCUUAUACCAGAACUUGGGGAAAGAAAGGUUGGGCCGCCCCAGACGCCUGCACAUGAAGUUCCUCUUCAGCAAUUUCUUCGUUGAUUUCAGACUUUCAAGAGAUGAGUUGCAUUGCAGUGCAGUGCAGUGCAGUGCAGCCUCAGAGGACACAAUCACCAGCACUUGAUAAGUGACAUGGGAAUUUGGUUGAACUUUUCAUUGCUGGAUGACAUUCUUUUGAGCAUGUCAAAAGGGAUUUCAAAUGAUCAUGAACUGGGGGCACCUCACUGGGCCCAAGAAAAGUCGACAAACUUGACAUCAAUUGCACUGCCUGAUUAGAACGCUUCGAGGCACGAGCUAACAGCAGAAGUUUGACGGCCCAAUUUGCAGCCCAUCUAACGUGACAGUGCUCCUAAACCAAUGACACAAAAACAUCCAACCUUUAAUCUAGUCAGUCGUUUCUAAGUGAUGUAAGAGCGUCGUCAUGGGUGCGCUUGGUUAGCCUUCUAGGGAAAAGUUUUUGGGAAAAUGUAUAGAUCUCCGAGUCUAAUGGAUUUUCCCUCCCAAAUGAGAGGGAACCUUUGUGCAAGUUGGCCACGACGCUCUUUAUGUCCUGACCUUAUUUGACCGAGGCACGCGCUAUAUCCAUACUCGAACUGCCAU